AUGCCCGCCGGCAGCCACCGGCAUCACAGGGAGCUGCAGCAGGUCGCCAGAGCAGUGGACACCCCGCAACUGGCAAAGAAAUACCACCCUGAUACGAAUAAGGAUGACCCUAAAGCUAAAGAGAAGUUCGCUCAGCUGGCAGAAGCCUAUGAGGUACUAAGUGACGAAGUGAAGCGGAAGCAGUACGAUGCGUACGGCACGGCUAGUUUCGACGCAGGUGCAGCGGGUGCCGGCGCUGGGCAGCAGUACUGGAGCAGCGGUCCGUCGAUUGAUCCGGAAGAGCUUUUCAGAAAAAUCUUCGGAGAGUUUUCGGGGUCCCGUUUCGGCGAUUUUCAGAGCGUCUUUGACCAGCCACAGGAGUAUAUCAUGGAACUGACAUUCACCCAAGCUGCAAAAGGUGUUAACAAGGAGAUUGUGGUGAACAUGAACGACUCCUGUCAGCGAUGCGAUGGUAAAGGACACGAACCGGGUACCAAAGCGCAGCGCUGUCACUACUGCAGUGGCACUGGCAUGGAAACAAUAAAUACUGGCCCUUUCGUAAUGCGAUCUACAUGCCGACGGUGCGGCGGUCGUGGUUCCAUCAUAACAACACCAUGUGUAGUUUGUCGAGGAACGGGGCAAACCAAACAGAAGAGGACCGUGAUGGUUCCUGUGCCCGCUGGCGUUGAGGACGGGCAGACAGUUCGGAUGCCUGUGGGGAAGAAAGAAAUUUUCAUUACAUUCAGGGUUCAAAAAAGUUCUGUGUUCAGAAGAAAUGGAGCAGAUAUCCAUUCGGACCUCCUUAUUUCAAUAGCCCAGGCUGUUCUGGGAGGCACAGCCAGGUGUCAAGGCUUGUAUGAGACAAUCAACAUCACGAUACCCCCUGGUAUUCAGCCAGACCAGAGAAUUCGAAUGAGCGGGAAAGGCAUUCCCAGGGUUAACAGUUAUGGCUACGGAGACCACUACAUUCACAUAAAGAUAAAAGUUCCUCAGAGGCUGACGGAUCGCCAGAGAGCCUUAAUGAUGAGCUAUGCCGAGGACGAGGCAGACGUGGACGGCACGGUGAACGGGGUGACAAACACAGCAUCAGGGAAGCGUUCUACUGGAAACUAAGAGCCAGCAGCAGCAGAUUAUCUUUGCAGUUGGGCAGGAGUCUUUCCGGCAGCGGGCUCUGGAGAGCGGAGGAUGUCAGUGAGCAGCACAGCCAGAAUCCCAGCUGGAGAGGCUGCGGACCACUGAGACACCAGCACUCAUCAUGGUACACAACCCACCCGCUGUCCUAGGAGAGGGUAAUGAAGGAAAACGCCAGCCUUGCAGAAUGGCAGCUCUCUGGUGAGGUUGCUCUGCAGUCCCUACUGCUACUGGAAGCUUAUUUGGUA